ACGUAUAUGUAUAUGUGUGUAUAUACACACAUAUAUAUACACAUACCAAAUCUUCCUUAUCCAUUCAUCCAUCGAUGGGCAUUUGGGUUCUUUCCGUACUUUGGCUAUUGUUGAAAGUGCUGCUAUAAACAUGGGGGUGCCUCUGCCCCUUCAAAACAGCACAACUGUAUCCCUUGGAUAAAUACCUAGUAGUGUAAUUGCUGGGUCAUACGGUAGUUCUAUGUUUAAUUUUUUGAGGAAACUCCAUAUUGUUUUCCAGAGUGGCUGCACCAGCUUGCAUUCCCACCAGCGGUGCAAAAGAGAGAUAUUCUUUCUCCACAUCCUCACCAACAUCUGCUGUUGCCUGAGUUGUUAAUAUUAGCCAUUCUGACAGGUGGUAUCUCAUUGUGGUUCUGAUUUGUAUUUCCCUGAUGAUGAAUGAUGUUGAGCAUUUUUUCACGUGUUGAUCAGCCAUCUGGAUGUCUUCUUUGGAGAAGUGUCUAUACGUGUCUUUUGCCCAUUUCUUCACUGGAUUAUUUGUGUUUUGGGUAUUGAGUUUGGUAGGUUCUUUAAAGAUUUUGGAUACUAACCCUUUAUCUGAUAUGUCAUUUGCAAAUAUCUUCUCCCAUUCCGUUGGUUACCUUUUAGUUUUGCUGACAGUUUCCUUCCCUGUGCAGAAGCUUUUUAUUUUGAUGAGGUCCCAGUAGUUCAUUUUUGCUUUUGUUUCCCUUGCCUCCAGAGACAUGUUGAGUCAAAAGUUGCUGCGGCCAAGGUCAAAGAGGUUUUUGCCUGAUUUCUCCUUGAGGAUUUUGAUGGCUUCCUGUCUUACAUUUAGGUCUUUCAUCCAUUUUGAGUUUAUUUUUGUGUAUGGUGUAAGAAAGUGGUCCAGGUUAAUUCUUCUGCAUGUCGCUGUCCAGUUUUCCCAGCACCACUUGCUGAAGAGAGUGUCUUUAUUCCAGUGGAUAUUCUUUCCUGCUUUGUCAAAGAUUAGUUGGCCAUAUGUUUGUAGGUCCAUUUCUGGGUUCUCUAUUCUGUUCCAUUGAUCUGAGUGUCAGUUCUUGUGCCAGUAUCAUACUGUCUUGAUGAUUACAGCUUUGUAAUACAGUUUGAAGUCCGGGAUUGUGACGCCUCCUGCUUUGGCUUUCUUUUUCAAGAUUGCUUUGGCUAUUUGGGACCUUUUCUGUUUCUAUACAAAUUUUAGGAUUGUUUGUUCUAGCUCGGUGAAGAAUGCUGAUGUUAUUUCGAUAGAGAUUGCAUUGAAUAUGUAUGUAGAUUGCUUUGGGUAGUAUUGACAUUUUAACAAUAUUUGUUCUUCCUAUCCAGGAGCAUGGAAUCUUUUUCCAUUUUUUUGUGUCUUCUUCAAUUUCUGUCAUAAGCUUUCUAUAGUUUUCAGCAUAUAGAUUUUUCACCUCUUUGGUUAGAUUUAUUCCUAGGUAUUUUAUGGCUUUUGGUGCAACUGUAAAUGGGAUUGAUUCCUUGAUUUCUGUUUCGUUUGCUUCAUUAUUGGUGUAUAGGAAUGUAACUGAUUUCUGUACAUUGAUUUUAUAUCCUGCAACUCUGCUGACUUCAUGAAUCAGUUCUAGCAUUUUUUUUUGUGGAAUCUUUAGGGUUUUCCAUAUACAGUAUCAUGUCAUCUGCAAAGAGUGAAAGUUUGACCUCCUCCUGGCCAAUUUGGAUGCCUUUUAUUUCCUUGUGUUGUCUGAGUGCUUAAGCUAAGACUUCCAAUACUAUGUUGAAUAAUGGCGAGAGUGGACAUCCCUGUCUUGUUACUGACCUUAGGAGGAAAGCUCUCAGUUUUUCCCCAAUGAGGGUGAUAUCAGUGUUGGGUCUUUCAUAUAUGGCUUUUAUGACCUCGAAGUAUGAUCCUUCUAUCCCUACUUUCUUGAGGGUUUUUAUCAAGAAAGGAUGCUGUAUUUUGUCAAAUGCUUUCUCUGCAUCUAUUGAGAGGAUCAUAUGGUUGUUGUCCUUUCUUUUAGUGAUGUGAUGAAUCAUGUUAAUUGUUUUGCGGAUAUUGAACCAGCCCUGCAUCCCAGGUAUAAAUCCCACUUGGUCACGGUGAAUAAUUUUUUUUAAUGUAUUGUUGGAUCUGGUUGGCUAAUAUCUUGUUGAGGAUUUUUGCACCCAUGUUCAUUAGGGAAAUUGGUCUAUAGUUCUCCUUUUAGUGGGGUUUUGUCUGGUUUUGGAAUCAAGGUAAUGCUGGAUUCAGCACUGGCAAAUUUGGAAGUUUUCCUUCCAUUUCUAUUUUUUGGAACAGCUUCAAGAGAAUAGGUGUUAACUCUUCCUUAAAUGUUUGGUAAAAUUACCCUGGAAAGCCAUCUGGCCCUGGACUCUUGGUUUUGGGAGAUUUUUGAUUACUAAGUCGAUUUCUGGUUAUGGGUUAUGGGUCUGUUCAAAUUUUCUAUGUCUUCCUGUUUCAGUUUUGGUAGUUUAUAUGUUUCUAGGUGUUUGUCCAUUUCUUCCGGAUUGCCCAUUUUACUGGUGUAUAAUUGCUCAUAAUAUUCUCUUAUUAUUGUUUUUAUUUCUGCUGCGUUGGUUGUGAUCUCUCCUCUUUCAUUCUUGAUUUUAUUUAUUUGGGUCCUUUCCUUUUUCUUUUUGAUCAUACUGGCUAGGGGUUUAUCAAUUUUUGUUAAUUCUUUCAAAGAACCAGUUUCUGGUUUCAUUGAUCUGUUCUUCUGUUUUUUGGUUUUGAUAGCAUUGAGUUCUGCUCUAAUCUUUAUUAGUUCCUGUCUUCUGCUGGUUUUGGGUUUUAUUUGCUAUUCUUUUUCCAGCUCUUUAAGGUGUAAAGUUAGGUUGUGUAUCUGAGAUCUUUCUUCCUUCUUUAGGAAGGCCUGGAUUGCUAUAUACUUUCCUCUUAUGACCACCUUUGCUGUGUCACCUGGUUUUGGGCUGUUGUGUUAUCAUUUUCAUUGGCUUCCAUGUACUUUUUAAUUUCCUCUUUAACUUCUUAGUUAGCCCAUUCAUUCUUUAGUAGGAUGUUCUUUAGUCUCCAAGUAUUUGUUAUCUUUCCAAAGUUUUUCUUGUGGUUGAUUUCGAGUUUCAUAGCAUUGUGGUCUGAAAAUAUGCACAGUAUGAUCUUGAUCUUUUUGUACUUUUUGAGGCUGAUUUGUGUCCCAGUAUGUGAUCUAUUCUGGAGAACGUUCCAUGUGCACUGGAGAAGAAUGUGUGUUCCUGUGCUUUAGGAUGAAAUGCUCUGAAUCUAUCUCUUAAGUCUAUCUGGUCCAGUGUGUCAUUCAAAGCCAUUGUUUCCUUGUUGAUUUUCUGUUUAGAUGAUCUGUCCAUUGUUGUAAGUGGGAUGUUGCAAGUCCCCUACUAUUAUGGUAUUAUCAAGGAGUUUAUGUUUGUGAUUGAUUUAUAUAUUUGGGUGCUCCCACAUUUGGAGCAUAAACGUUUACAAGUGUUAGGUCUUGGUGUAUAGACCCCUUAAUUAUAUAAUGCCCUUCUUCAUCUCUUGUUUUAGUCUUUAUUUUAAAGUGUAGAUUGUCUGAUGUAAGUAUAGCUACUCCGGCUUUCUUUUGGCGACCAUUAGGAUGAUAGAUGGUUCUCCAUCCCCUUACUUUCAAUUUGCAGGUGUCUUUAGGUCUAGAGUGGGUCUCUCGUAAACAGCAUAUAGAUGGAUCUUGUUUUCUUAUCUAUUCUGUUACCCUAUGUCUUUUGAUUGGAGCACUUAGUCCAUUGAUGAGUUGAGUACUGAAAGAUAUGAGUUUAUUGCCAUUAUGUUGCCUGUAGAGUUGGAGUUUCUGGUGGUGUUCUCUGGUCCUUUCUAGUCUUUGUUGCUUUUGGUGUUUUGUUUUGUUUUUGUUUUUUUGUCUUGUCUUCCCUCAGUAUCCCUUAAAAUUUCUUACAGGGUUGGUUUAGUAGUCAUGAACUCUUAAUUUUUGUUUGGGAAACUUUUUAUCUCUCCUUCUGUUUUGAAUGACAGCCUUGGUGGAUUAAGAAUUCUUGGCUGCAUAUUUUAUGAUUCAGCACAUUGAAUAUAUCCUGCCACUCCUUUCUGGUCUGUGAAGUUACUGUGGAUAGGUCUGCUACAAACCUGAUCUGUCUUCCCUUUCCUUGUAAGUUGAGGACUUUUUUCCCUUGCUGCUUUCAUGAUUCUUUCCUGCCUGAGUAUUUUGUGAAUUUGACUAUGAUAUGCCUUGUUGACAGUCGGUUUUUGUUGAAUCAAAUGGGAGUCCUCUGUGCUCCCUGGAUUUUGGUAUCUGUGUCUUUCCCCAGGUUGGGAAAGUUUUCCGCUAGGAUUUGCUCACAUAACCCUUCUACCCCCUUUUUCUCUCUUCAUCUUCUGGGACUCCUAUGACUCUGAUGUUGUUCCUUUUUAAUGAGUCAUUGAUUUCUCUAAUUCUUAAAUUGUGCUCUUUUGCCUUAGUCUCCCUCUUUUUUUCUGCUUCAUUAGUCUCCAUAAGUUCGUCCUCUAUAUUGCCGAUUUGCUGCUCUGCCUCAUCCAUCCUUGCCAUUGUGGCAUCCAUUCGAGAUUGCAGCUCAGUUAUAACAUUUUUUAUUUCGUCCUGACUAGCUUUUAUUUCUUUUAUCUCUGCAGAAAGGGAUUCUAAUCUAUUUUCAACCCCAGCUAGUAUUCUUAUUAUCGCGAUUCUAAAUUCUGGUUCAGACAUCUUCCUUGUAUCUGUGUUAAGUCCCUGGCUGUUAUUUCUUCCUGCUGUUUCUUUUGGGGUGAAUUCCUGCAUUUCAUCAUUUUGAAGGAAGAAACAGAAUAAGGGGGAAAAUAUUAAAAUAAAAAUAUUAAAAGCAACACACAAAAAAUCAAAUAAAUUAUGCUAUGAUCUUAGGUCUAUUUUGGUCUGCUUGUUGAAAGGUGCUUGACAGAUUAGAGAAAGAAGGGAAAGACGAAAAAAAAGAAAAAGUAAAAGGAAAAUGUUUGAAAAUUUGAAAAAUGAAUACAAUGAAAUAUAAUAAAAUGAAAUGAUAGAAGUAAAAUAAAAUUUUAAAAGUUUACAAAAGUAAAUAUAGUAGAAAAAAAUAAAGAAAAAUGUUAAAAAUUGACAAUAAAAAUAAAUUUCUUUCUGUAUUCACAAAAAGAAAAAAAAGUUGAAUAGAUGGACCAGCGAACAGACUGAAAUACGAUUGAAAUUACAUCAUUUUCCCCUAGAAGUCAAACUAUGAAGCACUUUAUAGUCUGUAAACUGAGCAGGCGGAGAGACUUGUGGUGUUCCUUAAGAGCCAGGUUGGUCCAGUUGGGCAGGGCUUAGUGUAAUGGCUCCGUUCUCCACUAGAUGGCACUGCUUAGCUUACUGGGGUGGAUUGUUUUGGCACUUAGAGGUGUGUAUGCACAUGCGCAGGAGAGGUGAAGAUGGCACCACCCAGAUACCCACUCUCUAGUAUCGGAACUCUGUUCUCCCCGAUCAGCAAUUGUGCACCCGUCCUUUGUCUUCAGCUUCCAUCCACUCCCUAGUUUUACAUUGUCCAUGACCAAGCUGUCAGAUUGCCAGGCUGUACCUCCCCUUCUGCGUUUUUUUCUCAGUUGUGGCUGUGUUUCCCCUCACUUCUGAGAGACUGUGGCUUUGACCUGCACAGACCUGGGGGAGGGUCUCACCAAGUAAUGGCCAGGUGCCAGUCGCACCCGGGAACGUUUGUGGGACCAUGCUGCUGCUGAUGCCCAGAGACUGUGGCUGGGUGCCAGCCCAUCCCAGAAAAAGUUCACAUGAUCUUGUAGCAGCAUUUCAGGGAUAUGGAAAAUCACAACACACAUCUGGCACCAGGCUUCACCCUUAACGUCCUUGUUCCAGCACCAGUGAAUGUGGUUGUUCUCUGGCUCAGGUUGUGUAGAUUGUUGUGUUACUUCUCCAAUCAGUUUUUACGUGUGCAAGAUGGUUUAGUGUUGAUAUGGCUGUAUUUCAUGGAUACGAAAUGCAAAAAAAACUUCCAUGUUGUUCUGCCAUCUUGGCCCCUCCCCAAUUAUACUUUUAUAUAUUGUAGGCCUAAUAAAACAUGUUAUUUCAUAUAGUUGAUAUUUAAAUCAGUUAACUAAGAGAGAAAAAAUAUACAUGUAUACUGUCUUUGAUUAUCAAAUAAUUACCUUUCCUGGUGCUCUUUAUCUUUUCUUUUUAAAAAAAUUUUGUUUUUAAAUGUUCAUUUAUUUUUGAGAGAGAGAGGAGAGAGGGAGCAUGAGCUGGGGAUGGGCAGAGAAAGGGGAGACACAGAAUCUAACGCUGGCUCCAGGCUCUGAGCUGAGCCUGAUGCGAGGCUCAAACUCCCAAACUGUGAGAUCAUGACCUGAGCUGAAACUGGACACUUAACCCACUGAGCCACCCAGUCACCCCUCUUUAUCUUUUCAUGUGGAUAUAUAUUACUGCCUCGAAUCAUUUGCUUUCUGCUUGAAGAACUCCUUUCAGUAUUAAGAUAGGUCUGCUAGCAAUUAAUUCUCCCAGUUUCUAUUUCAUCUUCACUUUCAAAAAAUAGUUUUGCUUAUUAUAGCAUUCCUGGUUGAAGUUUUUGAGUCUUGGUUUACAUUCUGGUCUCUGUUAUUUCUGAGGAGAGGUCAUUAAUUAUUCUUACUGGAGCUCACUUGUAAGUAACAACUCAUUUUCUUCUUGCUGCUUUCAUAUUUCUCUUUCAGCGGGCACCUGGCUGGCUUAGUUGGUAGAUCAAGAGGGGCUCUUGUCUCAGGGUCAUGAGUUCAAAUGCCACAUUGGGCCUAGAGCUGACUUAAAAAACAAAACAAAACAACAAAAAAACAACCACCAAAUUUCUCUUUCACAUUUCACCGUUUUUACCAUGUUGUGUCUAUUUGUAGAUCUCUGUGCCUUGAUCCUGCUGGGUGUGUUGAGCUUCCUGGAUGUAAAAAAUGUAACUUUGAGAACUUUUCAUUGUUAUUGGACAAUGUUAAAAUGAUCCUUUUCUCUCUUCUCAUAUACCCAUUAUAUAUGUAGGUAUGCUUGCAUCCAGGUUUUCUAAGUCUCUUUUCCAUUUGUUUUUCCUGUUAGAUUGCACAAUAUUUAAGUUUGCCAGUAUUUUCUUCUGCCAGUUUAUAUCUAAUAUUGAGUUGCUCUAGUGAAAUUUUCAUUUCAUAUUACAAUACUUUUCAAGUGUAGGAUUCCCAUGUGGUAUUAAAUAGCUUUUCUUUAUUGAUAUUGAUGUGACACUGUGACCAUACCUUUAUGUAAGUAUAGGUUCUUUUGUUUAUCUGAAUAUAUUUAUGGCUACUUUGAAGUAUUUGUUAAAUUUGGUGUUCUUGCAGGCAGUUUCUGUUUUGUUGAUGGGCCAUUUUCCUAUUACUUUGGACUUUUUCUUUAUAGAAAGUAGAAAUUUUAGAUAAUUGUAACAUAUCUGGUAUUUUUGUCUGUUUCCCCUACUAGUGCUCCCCACCACCAGACUUGUUAUUUGCUUGUUUUCUUUAGUGACUAGCUAGUUUAAGUGCAAUCUGUCUUCCCCAGCCCACACUGAAAAUCUGUGAUAUUGCUCCUUUAGGGUACAGCCUUGAUUAUUACCACAGUCACCCUUGGAUGACAGUGGUUUCCACAGGUCUGUCUUUUGAGUAUCUCCCAGCCGUUAAGCUGCAGAAAUCAUGAUUUCUGCUUUCAACAAUGCUGUGAAGUAUAUAUUGCCUCACAGACCAAUGUAAUCAAGUCAGUAUCUGGGAUUUGUUCUGACAAAAGGAACAGCUCUGUAAGUGUCUAAUUCUUUCUGGGAAACUAGCCAGCCUGUAGUUCAUAUAUCUCCAGCGAAUCUUUCAAUCUUCUCCUAAUAGUCUUUUAGUAAAACCUCACUGUUUUUGAGAAUGUCCUUAGGCUUGAACUUUUCUACAGUUACAGAUGAGGUCAUUUCCUAUGGAGACACAUAUGGAACUCUCUUGUCUGUGGCCAGCUUCUCCCUCUGGACAAAAUCACCAAGCCACAGACCUUGUUCUUGGGUUAGGGACAGUGGCAUGCUUCUCUCUGAGUCACACUUCUGCUUUUAGGAGCUGGGUGCUUUGUAGGUGGGGAGAGGGUGAGUGCAGCAGCCAGAGGUUUCAGUUUGCCAAGAUCUGUUGGCAUGGAAAUCCUACCCCAAGAUUCAAGACAGACAACUGGAACCCCAGUAUUCUCACCAGGGCCACACCCAAGGUACAUAUUACAUUUUGUGUUUGGAAGCAAACAGAAGAAAAUCUAUGUCCCUUAGCUGCAUUUCCCUGAGCAUUGGGUAGCUGAGGGCAGGAUGAGAAACGUUGGUAUCCUGCUCUUCCCAGGAAGACAGCCACCUGACUGGGAACACAGGUUGACAAUUGGUGAGGAAGCCUGUGUCCUUGAUUGUACCAAUUUGGAAUGGAGUAUCUUUCUCACUAAGAUGUGAUGAACAAGGAAGGGUGCAGGUUUGGUUCAGAUACUGCAGACUCUCAGCUUAUAAGUUUUGGUAGAUUUUCCUGAACAAAUGUUUCUUUAUUUGCUAUAUAUUUUUAUAUAUAAUUUUCAUUAGUUUUGACAGGGAGCAUGUCAUCGGAGCUCCUCAUGCUGUCAUGGCAGAAAUGGAAUUCCCGGACCAAUUCCUUACAGUUCUAAGCAUGGACCAUGAAUUGGUGACUUUCAGGGAUGUGGUCAUCAGCUUCUCUCAAGAGGAAUGGGAAUAUCUGGAUUCAGCUCAGAGGGACUUAUAUUGGGAUGUGAUGAUGGAGAACUAUAGCAACUUGGUCUCACUGGAUUUGGAGUCCAAGUAUGACACAAAGUAUUUAUUUAAUGGAAAGGACAUUAUUGAAAAUAAUGGUUUUCAGUGGAAAGUAACAGAAGGUAAAUUCAUUGGUUUGGAGAGCUCCAUUUUCAGAAAUGACUGGCAAAGCAAAAGCAAGACUGAAGUACAAAGACCUGAAGUGGGAUAUUUCAGCCAAAUGAAAAUCAGCUCUGAAAAAGUGCCAAAUUAUAAACAUCAUAAAUCUCUUAUAUCACAUCAGAGAAUUCAUGAAAGCAAGAAACCCUAUGAAUAUAAGGAAUAUGAGAAAGUCCUUAGCUGUGACUUAAGUUUUGAUGAAUAUGAGAGAAUACAUACUGGUGAGAAAACAUAUCCGUGUAAUGCAUAUUGGAAAACCUUUGGAGAUGACCCACAUACCCUACAACUGAACAUUCAUACCGGUGUAAAACCUUGUAAAUAUAUGGAAUAUAGGAAUCCAUUUAGUUUUUAUGAAGACCUUAGUAUACACCAGAAAAUGCAUGAUGAUCAGAAGUGCUAUAAAUGUAAGGAAUUUAAAAGGACCAUUAGAAGAGUUGAAGAAAUAACUCCACUAAAAAUAAUUCAUGAUGGUGAGAAAGCCUAUGAAUGCACUUUCUGUGGGAAAUCCUUUAGAGUGCAUGCACAACUUGCUCGACACCAGAAAAUCCAUACUGAUGAGAAACCUUACAAAUGUAUGGAAUGUGGCAAGGACUUUAGAUUCCAUUCACAGCUAACUGAACAUCAGAGAAUUCAUACUGGUGAGAAACCGUACAAAUGUAUACAAUGUGAGAAGGUCUUUAGAAUUAGUUCACAGCUUAUUGAACAUCAGCGAAUUCAUACAGGUGAGAAACCUUAUGCAUGUAAAGAAUGUGGAAAAACCUUUGGGGUAUGUAGAGAACUGGCUCGACAUCAGAGAAUUCAUACUGGAAAGAAACCCUAUGAAUGCAAGGCAUGUGGAAAAGUCUUUAGAAACAGUUCAUCCCUGACUAGACAUCAGAGAAUUCAUACUGGUGAGAAACCCUAUAAAUGUAAGGAAUGUGGGAAAGCUUUUGGAGUAGGUAGUGAACUUACUCGACAUCAGAGAAUUCACAGUGGUCAGAAACCUUAUGAAUGUAAAGAGUGUGGAAAGUUCUUUAGACUUACGUCAGCACUUAUUCAACAUCAGAGGAUUCACAGUGGUGAGAAACCUUAUGAAUGUAAGGUAUGUGGGAAGGCUUUUAGACAUAGUUCAGCCCUUACUGAACAUCAGAGAAUUCACACUGGAGAGAAACCUUAUGAAUGCAAAGCAUGUGGGAAAGCCUUUAGACAUAGUUCAUCCUUUACAAAACAUCAGAGAAUUCAUACUGGUAAGAAGCCCUAUGAAUGUGAGGAAUGCGGGAAUGCCUUUAUCAGAAAAGAAAACCUCAUAGAGCAUAAGAAAAUGCAUACUGGAGAAAAAUCACAUGAAUGUACUGAAUGUGGUAAAGUAUUCUCUCGAGUCUCAUCCCUUACUCUACAUUUGAGAAGUCAUAGAGGAAAGAAACCAUAUAAAUGUAAUAAAUGUGGAAAAGCCUUCAGUCAGAAGAGAAACUUCCUUUCUCAUCAGAAACAUCAUACGGGAGAGAAACUCUAUGAGUGUGGGAAAGCUUCUAUUCAGAUGUCAAGCCUCAUUAAACGCCAGAGAAAUCAUACUGGAAACAAACCCUAUGCAUGUAAGGAAUGUGGAAAAGCCUUCAAUGGCAAAUCAUAUCUCACUGAGCAUGAGAAAAUCCAUACAGGAGAGAAACCAUUCGAAUGUAAUCAAUGUGGAAGAGCCUUCAGCCAGAAGCAGUACCUCAUUAAACAUCAGAAUAUCCACAGUGGAAAGAAACCCUUUAAAUGUAAUGAAUGUGGAAAAGCCUUUAGCCAGAAAGAAAACCUGAUUAUCCAUCAAAGAAUACAUACUGGAGAGAAACCUUAUGAAUGCAAGGGGUGUGGGAAAGCUUUCAUUCAGAAGUCAAGCCUUAUUAGACACCAGAGAAGUCAUACAGGAGAGAAACCCUAUAUAUGUAAAGAAUGUGGGAAAGCCUUCAGUGGCAAAUCAAAUCUCACUGAGCAUGAGAAAAUUCAUAUUGGAGAGAAACCCUAUAAAUGUAAUGAAUGUGGAACAAUCUUCAGGCAGAAGCAAUACCUCAUUAAACAUCACAAUAUUCAUACAGGAGAGAAACCCUAUGAAUGUAAUAAAUGUGGAAAAGCCUUCUCUCGAAUCACAUCACUUAUUGUACAUGUGAGAAUUCAUACGGGGGAUAAACCUUAUGAAUGUAAAAUAUGUGGGAAAGCCUUCUGUCAAAGCUCAUCUCUUACUGUUCAUAUGAGAAGCCAUACAGGUGAAAAGCCCUAUGGUUGUAAUGAAUGUGGAAAAGCCUUCUCUCAGUUCUCAACUCUUGCUCUACAUAUGAGAAUCCAUACUGGAGAAAAACCUUAUCAGUGUAGUGAAUGUGGGAAAGCUUUUAGCCAGAAGUCACAUCAUAUUAGACACCAGAGAAUUCAUACUCACUAAAGCUCGAUAAACGCCUUGAAUUUAGGAAAAGCUUCAGCAAAACUCAGACUUAAUGGUAUACCAGAAAUUCAUUUUAUAAUAAAGUGGCUUGAAUGUGGAAAAUACUUCAACAAAUCAAAACUUAAAUACUAACAAUUUUAAUAAGUAUCAUAGUUUAAAAACCUAUGCUCCCAGAACUCCCACAGCAAACAUUGUUAAUGAUGUACUUUUAGGAGCAAUCUCAUUGAAGUAAGUAUGGAUCCAGUCAUGGACACUAAGCAGCAUGGUUCUGGAAGGCCUACCUGAUGCAUUAAGACAAAGAUAUGAGAGGUAUAAAGAUUUUAAAUUAAGAGACAAAAUUGUCAUUUUAAAAAUUUUUUGCUACAGAUGUAAUCAAAAGUAUUUGUUCUUGAUGCAUUCAUAGAAAUCAAAGAUUGGGACAGAAUAUUGUAUUCAGAAACAUGCAUGCCUUUAUGGGGAAUUGGUAAUUGAUAGAGAUGAUAACAAAAGUUGGUAGGGGAAUUAUGGAUGAUUCAAAAAAUGGUCUCAGGGUAACUGAUUCUUCAUGUGGAAAAAAUAUUGGAUCUCUGCCAUAGUAAUACAUUAAAGAAUUUAUUAUGAAAUCCAAAAGUAUUGUAAAGACCAGAAUGCAAAAAGCAAAACUUGGUAACAUAAGAAUUUUAUAGGAGAAUGUUUUUAAAACCUCCAGUAGGAAAGAAUUUCUAAAAUAGAUUCCAGAACACACACUCUUGAGUGUAUAUGCAUAUACCCAAGAAACUGAUACAUGUACUUAAGUUAGGGAGUCAUGUAUCUUUAUGUUCAUUGCAGCAUGAAUUACAUUAGCAAAAAAUUGGAAACGUGUGUUGCUUGUGAAAUGGAUAAAUACAAUGUGAUAUAGGCACACAGUAGAAUAUUCUCUAGUAGUUAAGUAUAACAGAUUAUAUAUAUAAAUAGAAAGACCUGAAAAAUCAUGUGGCGUGAAAAAAAUGAAGAGAUCAAUAUGUUAUAAUCGUUAGCUCUGUGAAUUUGAAUGAAAUCAACACUAUUAUUAAGCAUUAGUUAUGGAAGAACAUUUUUAUGGAAAACUGAAGAAUGGAUUGGAAGGAUACACACUCAUUUCCCAAAAGUGAUUGCCUCUAGAAAGAAAGGUAGCAGAAAAGAAAUGGGACCAAGCAUGGUUGUUAAAGGAUAUUUCAGUUUUGUAUCUAAAUACCAUCAUUAAAAAGAAAUAAAGAUUCCAACUAAAUAUAACAAAAUGUUAGUUAACUCUGGGUUGUGGUAAUAUAUGUGUUCUAUUGUUUGUGCUAUUCCUGAAAAUUAAAAAAGAUAAAGAUAGGAGUAGGAAAGUUGUACAUGCAGUACAUGUAAUAAUGGACUCACAAUCCCAGGCAGAUGCUACUAUUUUAUAGAAAAUAUUUCUAAAAUCAUACCUUUAUUAGAAGUUAUUUUUUUUAAUUGGAUGGUAGCUUAAAUUAUUUAAAUGUACUCUUGCAUGUCACAUCACUAAUAUGUGUGGUCUCAGAAAUUAAAGCAUGAUUCUGCAACAGGUUAAGUGGGUUACAUACAUUUAAGAAUCAUAUGAUUUAAUAAUACUGGCACAGACUUGAUACUACUAAGAACUAGUUUUUACUGAAACAUCAGAAAUUUUAAGAGUCCACAUAACUAGUAUUAGCAUUAAUAAUUUGAGAUUUUUAAAAUGAAGAAACCAAGUUACUCUUAAAUUUUUAAAUAUGCCACUGAAUAAAACUUCAACUCUUGCAUUUUACCUUCAAUUUUAACCUCAGACAUUUUUAUUCUCUAUUCUGCCAGAUAUAAUUGAUAGAUCCCCUGUUUGUUUGUUUCUUUGGUGAAAAUGGUGCUAAAAGAGAUCUGAGACCUAAACAGUAUUGUUUUAUGUGAAGCAAAUCUUUUUGCCAAUUUUUGUUUACUUGAUCCCUUUCCACAACAACUUGACACAUAAAGAGUUGUUAGUGCUCUUUUUGAAGUGAUAAAAAUGAGUAUGCAAUAUUUAAACCUUAGGCAUAUAUCAAAUAUAUCAAUUUCUUUUAAAUACAAAAUAAUGAAAUGCUAAUAAAACCAUAGUACUACACCACUUAUUAGCAGUUUUGAAGAUUGGUUUUAAGAUUAUAAAUUCCAGGGGUUGUUUAUGUGUUUUCAUGAAUCUAAAUUAUCCUCUAUUUUCUUCCAUUCUUCAUUAAACAUUCCCCUUGUAUUUCUUAAGUGUUUUGCCCUUCCAUUUGUACAGCUUUGAAGUCACCAGAGCAAUUUAGAACUCUUAAUUCAGACCAAACUAGGAGGAUUACCUUUUGGUGCCUGCAGUGGGUUGGUGCCAAGGUGCAACAAUGAUUAUGAUAGUCAGAUAGAGUAAGAUGAGUAACACCUGGGAUACUGUAUACUGUAAAUUUACUCUGAUAUUCCCUACUGAUUCAACUUGUUGCUAGUUAUUUGCCACCACAAACAACCCUACAGUAAACAUUUUUUUUUUUUAACAUUCUUAAAAUCAGACCUUAAAUUUCAGAUAUUUUUAUUUCUGAGGCAAAAGAUUGUUAGAUUAAAGGACAUAUACUAUUUUUUAAUUUUAAUAGAUAAUAUCGGUCAUUUUCAGAAACACAUCUUUCCUCUAACCCUGCAAUAGAUGGUAAUAUACUACUUAAAUUUAUGUUUGUCUGAUGAGCAUACACCUCAACUGCUCCUAGAUUUGCUGCUUUGUAAACUUUUGCAUUGUUGGCUCAUUUUCCUAUAGGAUUGUUUAUCUGUCAAUUUUGAAGACCUCUUUAUAUGUUAGACGUUAGGAAUUUGCCUAAUUUUUGUCAUAAAAAUAUUUUUCCAUAAAAAUAUCUUAAAUUUCUGUGUAAUCGAUAUGUAUUUUUUCUAAGCUUACGGAUUGGUUAAAAAGAUACUUUAAUCUCUAGAUUGUAUAUGUAAUUUUUCUUAGGUUUUCUUGCAAGUUGUUUAUUGUUUACUUUUUUCAAUAUGUAAAUAUUUAAUAUAUCUAGAAUUUAUUUUUUAACGUCCUAUAAAAUGAAGAUUCAUUGUUAUUUUCUUCCAGAUGGGUUUCCAGUUAUACAAGCACAAUUUGUUAAAAUAACCCAUCUACUCAGCAGUCAGUCACAUAGUUCUGACACCAAUCUGCAGUGUCCACCAACAGCAAUCACAGAUUUGAACUGGCAAUCAAAAAAACAGAAUAGGCUUUAACCCAGCAUUAGGUUUAUUAUUAGCUUUGUCCUGAUCAAAACAACAACAACAACAACAACAAAACCACCUUUACAAUACUGCAACUACCCAAGCAAAGAUAGUUUCGAGGACCUAUGUACUGCUGAAGGGAGAAAAGGUCAGAAUGGGUGCAGUUCACCUAAGCCCUGGGAAACAACAUUCUCACCCAGGAUAUCUUACUAUAACCCACCACUGCAUCUGCAUGGUGUACCCCCAUCACAUGGGGCACACCCAGUUGUAAGACUGAAACCCACUUAAGCACAGGGAAGCUGCUACCUUGUUUUCCCAAGACUUAUGAUACCUUAGUCAUAUAGGCUAGCCAUGUCUUCAUGCCAAUUCACAGCUCUUCCCUCAUCUAGGUACAGGAUACAAAUGAAUCUACAGUAGUAUUUUCUUCAAGGAAACUGGUAUGAAGGCAAAUCUAAGGUUCUCUUUCUACACAUGGGUCAGUAGGAAAGGCCUGUUGUUUUUACCAGUACCAUCCUUUUCCUAUUUAACUGACUCAGUUAUGUGAUCCUUUAACCAUAUGAUCUUUUCUUCAUUCAACUGAAACUGCCUGUAGUUUCACUUGUACCAAAACCUAUUCUGUAUUUUCAUUUCACUAAUUUAUUUUUCUCUUCUAUACUAAUACCAUAUUAACUGAUAAACUGAUUUAACACUAGCCUUACUGCGUUUUGAUACUGCAUAUUAGACCAAGUCCUCGCUGUUUUUCAUAGUUUUAUUGGCUAUUCUAGUUUUCUUUCUAUAUAAAUGAAGAUGGUGUUCUCAAAAUACAAAAACUCUUUGAUAGUUGGAAUUACAUUAAAUUUAUAUAUUUAUUUUGAGAGAAAUGACAUUUUUUAUUUUAAGUCUUCCUGACCCAAAUUGUAGUGUGCCUUUGCAUUUCUUCAAACUAUGAUCAUGUCCUUCAGCAUGAGGGUUCUGAACAAAGUAAUCUGAAUGCCAUCCCUGCUUAAUAUUAUAUUAUAGAAAAAGUUUGUUAGUUGGGUGAAUAAGAAAAAUCCCUAUUAUGGACUAAAUGUUUGUAGCCCCCCAGAAUUCAUAUGUUGAAGCCCUGAUUUCUAUUGUGAUGGUGUUUGGAGAUGGGGCUCUAAGUAAUUGGGUUUGGAUUAGGUCAUGAAGGUGGGACACUCAUGAUGGGAACAGUACCUUUAUAAGAAGUGGGAGAGAGAUUAUAAGAACAUAAAGAGAUUUCUUUCCAUUUGUAUACACAAGUCCUGUGAGUGCAGGACUUCUUUCUGUAGACAGAAAGAAGCUGUCUACAUACUAGGAAUUGGACCUUCACAGGAUUUGCCAGCACUUUGAUCUUGGGAUUUCCCAGCUUCUAUAACUGUAAGAAAUAAAUGUCUGUUUAAACCACCCAGUCUAUGGUAUUUUGUUGUAAUGCCCAAGAUAAGACAAUCCCUUUCCUGCUUAAUUCUACUGGGCUCCUAAUAAAUGGUAAAACAAAAAGCACUUUUCAUUAGGAGAGUAAAAUUCCAACUCCCAUUAUUAAUAAGGUCUAUAAUUUUAAUUUAAAAUUGUUUUUAACGUUUAUUUUCGAGAGACAGAGACACAGUGGACUACAAAUCCACAGAAAUCUGGGGCAAGACAUGGAUAGAGACACACAAUAGAUAAUCCACAGCCUGAAGGAAAAGCUAGGGUAAGACUCAGGGAAAUUAGGGUAUUCAAAAUCAGAUGUAUAUAUGGGGGAUUUAGAAAGGCAUACACCUGCCCAUCCAAGAAGCAUACUAAAGAAAGACCUGAGAAGACAAGAUUCACAUCCAGAUAAUCCCUAAAUUCAGAGAAAUCCUAGAUAAAUUGUAAAGGAGUAUCCCAACACAGAGCCAAUCAGCAAAGACUACAAAAGAUGAUGGUUGUGUGGUGGUGUUCUUUUCUUUCAGUUCCCAGCAUUCAAAAAACUCUGUCAAACUAGGUAAAAAUGGGUUUCAGUUCAAGAUGGCAAAAUAGGGAAGAACCAGUAGAAUUCGCCUCCUCCUAGGACACACUGACAUACAGCUACAAUAUGGAGUAAUCGCCUCAAAAAAAAACGUAAAGGCUGGCUAAGGGACAACUACACAUUGGGCAAACAAAACCACAUCAAAGCAUGUAGGAGAGGCUGAGACAAUCUCACCAUAAACCUCAGCCCUAGAGUGGCAACCCACAACUGGGAGAUAACUCAAAACCUGGAGCUUCUACGGGGAACAAGGAAUUGAAUGUCACAUCGGGCAACUCCACUUUUAGGAUCUUCACCUGAGAGAUGAGCUCCGAAACAUCUAACUUUUAAAACCAAUGGGGAUCACAUCCUGAGACCCACAAGAUUGUAGCAAUCUGGAAGAGAGCUCUCAGGGGCAAUCAUGUCCAGAUAUAAAAAAAUUUUUAAAUUCUUUUUAGAAACCUCCAUACUGUUUUCCAUAAGUGGCUGUACAAAUUUAUAUUCCCACCAACAGUGCACAAGGGU